CGGUUUUUUAAAGUUUUGUACUGGCAACAUUUAAAAAGAAAAAAGUUACCCCUUCCACUACUCCCACCUGGCGACGGUUGGAACCGCCAUUUUUACUUCAUUAUUCAUUCCCGUGCUCAAGCCUUCGCACGCGUACCUUCCACUUUAAACAUGGGGAAACGGAAGAAUGAAGAGGAUGAGAUUAGGAGAAAAAUUAAGAAGCUAGAAACCAAAUUGCUACGACGGACACGUGGCCGAUCAAGAAUUCUAUAUUCUUCAGAUUCUAGUGAAACAGACGGUAAGUUAUAAUUUUCUCUAGCUAGUUUUCAUGAGCUGAUGAGAUUCUAUUGAAAAUGUGAUGCGUUUUUGCUAAUUACGGGCAUUGACUGUCACGCAUAUGUUACUUUUGUAACAGCUUGAGGUCGAAUGUUAGACCCAUUUCAAAGACUGUGAUGCGUAUUUGCUAAUUACGGGCUCUUACUGUCACACUUAUGUUACGUUUGUAACUGUCUGAGGUCAAAUGACCAACUUUAAGGAUUGUGAUGCGUAUUUGCUAAUUACGGGCUCUUACUGUCACACUAUUCCUUCCUGGGCUCGAUUUUACGGCGUUGUACAAGAAAAUACAGAACGAUUGGUUCUUUUCAGACGACAUGAUAGUCGAUUCUGAAGCACGUCAAGAUCGAAGCUUGUCGCCGCGCGGCCACGUGGCCGCGCCGCCGCCGCCUCGCGCCGCAGCGUCGUCGCCAACACCAGCGCCAGACUCGCCGCAACAACCACCGCCUCAGCCCCCGACGCAACAAGAGCCGCCGCGACCAGCCUCUCCGCGCCCAGGCCCGUCGUCUGCUCCAGAUCUACCAGAAACUCAACCGCAGGUACUUUCGUCUUCCGCGCAGGAUCAAGAACUUGAUGACGACAUCUUGCUAAUGCUAGGCGAUGCUCCAAAACCAGAACUGGCGUUAGGCGACAGCAUACACAAGGACGUGGCCAGUAGAUGGCAUGAAAUCUUACUAAAAGGUUUACAAAAGGAGGUUAAAGAAAAACUUUUUCAAGAGUACCUCGUGCCCAGCAAUUGUGACCUCUUAGUUGCCCCUACUCUUAACGCUGAGGCUAAAGCGGCAUUAACAGUUAGUUCAAUAAAAAGAGAUCAUGCCAUAAUGGAAAAACAGAAGCAAUUAGGAAUUGCUCUGUCUGCUCUCGCGCAGGCCACGGAUUUAUUGCUUAAACCAGAUGCAUCUGCGCAAAAAAUCUUGAAACCAGUCAGCGAUGCUUGUCGUAUCUUGUGCGAUAGCCACUACUUAGAAACAAAAACACGUCGCUACUUCGUAGUUUCAUCAGUUAACACCGAUCUUAAAGAGACUCUUACUAAUACGGUUAGAGACGGUUUCCUUUUUGGAGAUAAUGUAACUGACAAAUUAAAAGCCGCUCAAUCUAUUCAAAAGUCUGGGGAAACAUUAAAACAUACACCAAAACCGUUUAACAAUCGUUUUAAUAAAAAUAAUUUUGUACUUAACAAAAAGUCGCAGAAAAACAAUUUAAACUUCAAACCCCUGCAUCAAAGGACGCAGAGCAAGCCCGAUGCAGGGCACUACCGGCCGCCGCCGCGCUCCAGCCGCCCGAGCGGCGCCCACGCCCCGCGCCGCUCGAGCUCGCCGCGCCGCCGCAGCCACCGGAGCUACAGGAGAUAGCUGAACACGA